AUGGACCACCACACUAUGCCUGGUCAGACUUGUAUUUUCAACGUGAACGUGAACUGUGCUACUUGCGAAAAGAAUCUGAGAAAGUUGUUGCAGGGUUUUAACGGAGUGUAUGCAGCACAUAUAGACGCACAAGCGGGCAAGGUGACGGUGUCGGGUAAUGUCGACCCGAAUGCCAUUUUACAAAUGCUUGCCAAGGCAGGCAAGAAGGCCGAGCUUGUAUGGCAGUUCCCCAAGGGUCCGUACCCGUCUCCUCACCCACCCGCACCCGCACCCGCGCGCCCACCUGCUCCGCCCCAUUCAACCAUGCCCGUACCCGCAUGCUCACAUACAUACCCACCCCCACCCCCAUCCCCAUCCCCAUACCCAUACCCACCCGCACACUCACCUGCCUCGCCCCAUGCAUCCAUGCCCAUGCCCGCAUGCUCACCUACACACCCACACCAACCCGCACCAACCCAUGCUGCCGGGCCCAUGCCCGCACCUGCACCCCCGAUCCACCCAGCACAGCACGUGCACGAGCACGCGCACCAGCACCCGCACCCGCACCCGCACCCGCACCUCCACUCGCACGGUAACGUGCCGGCGGUGGCACACCCCAACGGCGCUUGCAGCUCCCACGCGCAGCCGAGGGAUUACUACAUGCACCAGCUUCAUCAGGCGGCGGAGAUCGAUCGGAUGAAACAUGUGGAGUUCGUCGAGUCGAGAGGCCUGAAGAUGACCUUCAAAGCUGGCGACGGAAAGCAGGUGGUCAGCUCCGGCGGCGUUCUGGGCCUGCCGCCCGGUCCGUGCUGCUCUGGACAUGGGCCGUCUGCUGGGCCGCCACCCGGCCCACACACGCAGCAAUACUCUAACACCUACUACCACAACGAUUGCAAUCAGAUGUGAUGAGCAGAGAAUCAACGGUGCCCACUCAUUGGUUGAGUGGUUAAUUAGUGAUUAGUAAUGUUUCUAUUUUUCUUGGACUUGGAUUUAUGAACUUGGGUUUUACUUUA